UGACGUCGAAGUGGGCUGGCAAAGUGCUAAGUGUUGUAGUUUAGAAUGCUAUCAGUAGGCUAUAAGAAAAACAUCACAAGUCAACGAGACUCAAGAUAGUGCGCGUUAGUACACCCACUGCUUUCGGAUGUAUUCCAAUGCUUAUAUCUUGGCGGAGCUAUCAUACAAUUGCGCAGACGUGAGAUAGCGUGAAAGAGUGUUCAGUCAACUCACUUCCAAACUUAUCUUCAUUCAAUAAGUUAUAAGAAAGUGCAGUCAAGCUUUUUCGUUCUUUAAAUCACUUGUCCUGCAGUAGUUAGCAUACAUCCAGCACUUUGUCUGCCUUUUAUCAGAUCUCAAAUCAGAUGCACACUUGAACCCAGGACCUGUCAUCCUCAAACUCCGUCUCCGGGAACUCUGGAGUGGACGAGCCUUUGAUAAAGCUGUCAGAUUUUAGAGGGACAUAAAACUUGUUGUACGCGCUCUAUCUCUGCACGUAUCUUUUGUCAAAAGCGAGCCAUACAAUGGAGUUCUCAUUCUGCCGCCUAAUAUGUCUUCUGAUGGCUAUCACUCUGUUCAAUCAAAGGGUAGAUUCCAACGAGAUUCUCGGGCUGAAAAUCCCCAAUAUUGACCCCAUUCUCAACGCCAACACCGUGUGCUUGACUCUGCCUGGACUGAACCGCAGACAACUGGAGGUGUGCAUGAGAAACCCCGACGUCACCGCCUCGGCCAUCCAAGGGAUCCAGAUCGCCAUCCAUGAGUGCCAGCACCAGUUCAGAGGACACAGGUGGAACUGCUCCAGCCUGGAGACCAGGAACAAGAUCCCAUACGAUAGUGUGGUUUUCAAACGAGGUUUCCGUGAGAGUGCUUUUGCAUACGCCAUCGCAGCGGCGGGCGUGGUCCACGCCGUGUCCAACGCCUGCUCCAUGGGGAAGCUGAAGGCGUGCGGCUGUGAUGAGAAGCGGAGAGGCGACGAGGAGGCCUUCCGCGUCAAACUGAACCGGCUGCAACUGGAGGCCAUCCACCGAGGGAAGGGCAUGGUGCACGGUGUCAUGGAGCACUUCCCUGCAGAUCUGCCCGGGUCUCAGGACUCCUGGGAGUGGGGAGGCUGCAGCCCCGAUGUGGACUUUGGGGAGAAGUUCUCUCGGGAAUUCCUGGAUUCGCGCGAGACCUACAAGGACAUCCAUGCCAGGAUGAGGCUCCACAACAACAGAGUUGGUAGGCAGGUGGUGAUGGACCACAUGAGACGGAAAUGCAAAUGCCACGGGACAUCAGGAAGUUGCCAACUGAAGACCUGCUGGCAAGUCACACCAGAGUUCAGGGUGGUAGGCUCGCUGCUCAAGGAGCGUUUCCACAUAGCCACCCUCAUCAAAGCCCACAACAGGAACACGGGCCAGCUGGAGCAUGCCCACCACCCCACACACAGACGCAGAUCCAACCUCAACGAGCUGGUUUACUUUGAGAAGUCCCCGGACUUCUGCGAGAGGGAUCUGCGGUCCGACUCGGCCGGAACGCAAGGGAGGAUCUGUAACAAGACGAGUCCAGAGAUGGACAACUGUGAAAGCCUCUGCUGCGGGCGAGGACAUAACAUCUUACAGCAGACCCGCAGUGAACGAUGCAACUGCAAGUUCCACUGGUGCUGUUACGUGGUCUGCGAAGAGUGUCGAAUAACAGAGUGGGUCAGUGUCUGCAAAUGAAGAAAUGCAUAAAUUAAAUAAUAUAUCUUUUUUAAAACAGGGAAAGACUGCAAAACACCCAUUCCCUUUGCAAUGGACUGCCAUUUCCAUUAGUAGAAUGGAUCGCACGAAAACAAGACUGGAAUAUAACCAGUUCAAAGAGGUGUACAAUCAGAGUGUGCACAGCAUGUGUCCAACCACCAUAGUUCAGAGCAUCUGGAGCUGCACUGCCUUUCAUCUCAGAAAGUGUUUUUAGAUUAAAGAUAGUGAAAUACUAUGGACAAUAUUAAUAACUGAGCACUCAUUAAUUUAAACUAGGGUUCUGAAAAUGACAAAUGGCUGAUUUUGUUAUCUAUAGAUGUAAAACAACUGUCUGGGAUUCCGGUAAUUUAAGAAGAAGAAGAAGAAGAAAAUGAACAGCAGAUAUAUGAAAGAAAGAGGUUGUUCCAGAAUGUUAUGUCUGCUCUUGCUUUAUACCCAGAGCCACAAGUUAAUGAUGUUAACUCAUAUGGGUUGUUUAGUAAUGUUUCAGGUUACAAAAUGUGCCAAUUCAAUAUGGCAAUCUGCAAAAUGGCUACCAUGUGCCUCAGAAAAGUAUAUUUGUCCAUACUGGUAAAAAGAAAGGAAAUGUGGACUAUGUUGACGGUUGCGGGUGUUCUAUUGCAAGGAUGGAGUUGUGAAGACAGAGGGUCAAGUGAUAGAGACAUGAGUAGUUAUACAGAAUGGACAGCCUGAGGGCAAUGGUGGAGCUGACAAUGAAAAGACUGGGCCAAUUGGUCUGUGCUGCUCUUGGUACAGUUAGUAGUUGCAAACUCUGGUAAUCUAUAGCCCUACCUUCACACUACUAACUGUUACGAUAUAGUCAAUGUAAUAAAGCACUACAAUUAUCUCAUAGGUUUGACUCAAUUUAGUUUAAAUGUUAUAAAACUAUCGUAAAACCACCAUUAGAAUUUGUACAGAUAAAUGGUUAAAACUCAAUGCAAAUAUAUGGUUGUAUAUAUCCUUGCUUGCCAAUAGGUCCAUUGUUUGUCUGUGUUGUGUGUUUUAGUAUGAAAAAUAUUAUUUCCCCAUAGAAUAUAUCAAAAUGCAUUUCAUCAAAUACCUUGUCAGUCAGGGUAAAUUAUUAUGAGCAAACACAUUGUGUCUGUGUUUAAAAAACUGAUAAUGUGUUACUGGUAUAUUGGCACAGGUUAUUUUGAUGCAGAUUCUUAGUUUGCACAUGCAUUUUGUUCUGGAGAACUUGUAUUUUGGGGAUAUAACAUAGCUAUAUGCAAUUUGUUAUAAAUGUAUUAUUUUUCAUGUUCGAUGGUCAUGGUUAUUUUCUAAGUUAUUUUAUUUUUGUGGAUAACUUAAUAUUUGUGAAGCAAUAAAGAACUAAAGUAUAAAAGGGAAUUUAAUGUGAUGGAAAAAUGAGAAAAGUACAUUUAUUUAAAAAAUAAAGUGUAAAAAAUA